CGACAAAUGGUGAAAUAACGUACUAUGACGUUGCUUGGAAAAAUAUAGUCAAAUUGAAGUUUCUAUAUAUUGGCCCAUUUUGUCGGCAAAAACUCAGUUGAAUUUCUCGAUUUCUUUUGUGCAAAGCCAAAUCGAAGCUCUACCAAAAUGUUUGCUUUAUUACUUGUUGCCGCUGUUCUUCCAUCGAUGAUUUUGGGACACGCCGUUAUCGGAUGUGGUGGUGGAUUACCUCAACCUACUUCACUUGUAAUUGUUGGAUGCGAUGCAUCUCCAUGUCAUGUCAACCAAGGACAAUCGGUCACAUAUACAGUUGGAUUCAAUCCGACUGCUGCAUCCGCUGGCAUGACACUAGCAAUAUCGUCAACUGUUUUUGGUGAAACAAGAGAAAUUCCACUCCCACCAGCACUCGCUAACGCCUGCAACACAAUGACUCCAUCCUGUCCAGUUGCCGCCGGUCAACCAGUAACUCAAACUGCAACUAUUCCUGUGUCAACUGAAUAUCACGACGGUAUUCCCGCUCAGCUCAGAGUCACAAUGACGAAUGCUCAAGGGGCUAUCAAUACUUGCAAUUUGAUUAAUCUUGUUAUUCACUAGUGUUACGGAAUAUUUGGUGAGAUAAGUUUGUUUCAAUUUGAAAUAAAGACGGAAAAUUUCGGAGAAUU